CGUGCUUGUGUUGGAACAGGAACUAUAGAGGUGCAAUCACACAAGGAAGACUCUCGCCACCUCUCUGGAUCUGAGAAAAAGCAACUUGACGCUUCUGUCUAGCACAACCUACGUGUUUAACUCCAAAAGCCAAGAUGCCAGAAACAGCAGAAGCUGUGUCAGCCACUCUCACCACCAACAGAAACUGCACCAUAGAAAUAACCAACGUCAGCGCGAACUACUGCCUCAUCAACCCCAAGGUGUACAUGUCAAGUGGCUUCUCUCAACACCCGCCCCAGCCUACAGUUCGUACCACCAAAACUGAAGUGUGCUCCUUCACCAAGGAUGACAACACUGCCACGGGGGCUGUUGGCUUGCUGACCUAUGACCUGUUCAAUAUGAAGAGCCGGUUUUGCUCAGAGCGCAUGGCCAUCAUGUUCUCCGUGCCCUACGACCACAACCUGUACAAGAACCGGCUGGCCGUGGGUGUGGUUGCGCAGUCCCAUGCUUGUGACAAGCAUCUGUACAGCCAGAUGUAUGAUGGGAAAGACCUCAGUAACUUCACCCGCUCUGAGACAAGUGGCUCUGCGAUGAGAUAUAGAUCUGAAUAUGUUGAUUUGUGGGCUACAAUGUCCAGUACAGGCAAAGCUAUUGUUAAGGUGGAGCUCUAUGAUAAAAUGGGUCAAUAGUGUAGAAGAGUCUACUGGUGUUCUUCCUCUAUGUAGUUUCUUGCUUCUGUACCCAACAGGAUAAAUAAAUUUCAUUUAAUUUGACUACUGUUUCAUAUUGUCGUCUAGAGAAACAUCCAGAGGAGAGGAAGACUGAUUUUGCUGUCAUCUGUAUUUUGUGUCUGCUGAAAGAUAUCAAUAUCUGACAGCCAGCUCAUUGAUUCUCCAUUAGCUUAUUUCUGGGGCUUAUGUAUACUCCACACUCCCUUUUUCUUUGAUUAUGGCAAUAAAAUAUUCAGACCCAA